AUGGCGAUAGGCGUGCCAGCAGAAAUAAUGGAGUUGCAGCGUAAGAGAUCCCGAACCUCUAAUAGGCGUCUCGAAGGCUACGAGCUUGGUAGCCCAACCACAGGGACUCGGAGAACUUCUACUCCUGCCCAGCAGGUGGGUACCCCGAGCGCUCUGCCUGCGCAACCCCCGCCUCUGCAAGACCUUGAGGCACUUGAUGCCGAGCACACCGCGGAGAAUGGAGUUGCCUCUCCCCACGACGCUUCGAACGCUACUGCACCGGUAGCGCAACGUGGUGCAGCCGCAAAUGUCGUCGCGUCUGCUGGAACUGGCGCGUUGCGCUCGUCAGAUCGUGAUGUUCAUCACCCAGAGGCCAACUCGUACAACCACAUCGACGCUGCUAUACGCGGCGAUCUGCAAGACGUUCGCACUCUGAUGCUGCGAAUUGAAAACCGGCUUCAUGUAUCUGAUGAGAUUCAUCAGACUCUGGCUGCUACUGUGAAGAAUCUUCUCGAGAUUGUGCACCAACCGAGCUGGUGCAACGAGAAAACCAUGGAAGAUGCCUGUAAGAAGGCGUGCGAUGAUUUGCUCAAGGGAUCAGAUGUCUCCCAGCGAGUCAUUUACCCUGACGAAGACCAGUUCAGGGCGGCCGUCGUGGUGCACCUCGCUCUGGAUCCCGAAGACUUCGGGAAAUUUAACGAUUACUGGAAGAAGGGCGAGUGGGCGAAGAAGUGCACCGACAUUUGCAACGGCCGGCGGGGGAAACUCGGGAACAAGUCCCGGAAGGCGAGUUUCAAGCUGUUGAAGUACCCCGACAACAAAGCCGUUAAGGACUCCGUUGAGGAUCGGCGCGAUUAUGCGCGGUCCUGCGUCUCUGAGGAGUUUGGCCUGCCGUGGCAUGUUUUUGAGGACAAGCCGUUCUGCAGCGAGGCCGUCUUAGCUGCUGCAAGCAAGUGGCAGAAGAAAGAGGGGGAUGUCUACACCCUGAGCAUUGACCAGCUGUGCUACACCAUGGUCGCGGAAGGCUUCCAGCAAAUUGCUGGAAGCCACAUUUCUUCGUGCGAUGUGGCUGACGGCGUGGCGGUGGAGCUGACUGUGCCCGGCACGACGGUGCAGCUGUGGGACGGCGCGACGCUCAAGUGGGAGGCUGCGCGCAUGCUGAGCGGCACGGACCUCGUGGACGUGUACGACGUGAAGAUCGACGGCGUCGCCACCAUCCGCCUCACGCUCAGGCCCGAGGUCAAGAACCUCCGCACGCCCACGGACGCCGCCGUGCACUUCGGCCUCGACGUGCUCUCCUCCUCCUUCUCCAAGGCCGUGCACGGCGUGCUCGGCCAGACGUUCCGCCCCGACUUCCAGGGCCGCCUGGCGCAGCAGAAGCUGCAGUGGAGCGAUCUGCUGCAGGUGAUGGUGGUGCCGGGCGACAACGCAGAGGGCUUCAUCGAUGGAAGCAUGGACGACUACGAGGUGACGGACCUGCUCAAGGCGGACUGCAAGAUGUGCCGCUUCACGCGCGCCCACGCCGUGGACGAGGAGAUGUCCAUCGCCAUGAACAUGAUGGGCAGCCGUCGGCGGAGGCCUGCCCGCUGCUCCUCGCAAAUACCUCGCACAGAGCUUCUAAAGCUCCUCCCCAUUUGCCUAAUCCUACUCUCGUAA